CCAUUGCUGGUUACUAUUUGACGGCACUCGUGCGUGUCCAGCGUUGCGAGAAGAAAACAUUGUUUUGGAGGUGCGUGUGGUUAGAGCAGCCACUGUGCAAAAAUGACGUCCCGCCUGGAGAAGGAACGUGCCAAACAGAUCCAAGAAAAAUGUCAGAAUCUCUUGACACAGAUGCUACGGGACGAAGACAACAAGUAUUGUGUCGACUGCGAUGCGAAAGGACCAAGGUGGGCUAGUUGGAAUCUAGGUAUAUUCCUAUGCAUUCGUUGUGCUGGGAUACAUAGAAAUCUGGGAGUUCACAUAAGUAAAGUAAAGUCUGUUACCUUAGAUACAUGGACACCAGAGCAAGUAGUGAGUUUACAACAAAUGGGUAACUCUCGAGCAAGAGCAGUGUAUGAAGCAAACCUUCCAGAUAAUUUUCGCAGACCGCAAAUAGAUUGUAGUCUGGAGAGUUUCAUUCGUGCAAAGUAUGAACAUAAAAAAUACAUAGCUAGAGAAUGGGUGCCACCCCCUUUACCGAAGAUAAAUUGGGAUAAGGAACUUGAUGAAGAAGCUGAGAGACAACGUAGACGAAAAAAGGAGAAUUCAAAAAACACUAACAAUCAAACUAUACUCCCACCUGUAAAGAAACCAGAAGUAGUGCCCCAGUUGCCAAAACCUAAGAGUUCUGUCAGUCCUAAACCUAAUAGGGCUAAUAACACUGCUACCCUAGACUUAUUAGGCCUAGAUGCUCCAGCAACAAAUCAAUCAAAUGUAAAUGGUACUGGGGAUGAUAUAUUUUCUUCCUUCUUAUCUGCACCCCCUGCUUCAGUGACUUCAACUAGUAGUAAUACUACAAGCAGUACCACAGACACAUCAGCAACUGUGAGCAAAAGUGAGGAAGAAAGUUUCUUUGAUCAACCAGCACCAUCACCUCAAGAAAAAAGUAAAAUGACUAAAGAUAGUAUUUUGGCCUUGUAUGGAACACCGAAUCAUCAGCAAUCAGCAAUUUAUGGAGUCCCUGGUGGAAUGUAUCCUCAGCAACCUGCUGUUCAAUACAAACAAGUACCAAACAUGACAGCAUUUGGUCAGCAAUGUAGCUUUCCAAACCAACAAAGUUCCUUGACUCAACUUAACCACCUUCCUGCUCAAAUGCCUGUUACAUCUAAUCAAUUACCUGUCAAUCAGGCACAAAUGACAGUAAAUCCUAAUUCAUUAGGGCCAGUGGCUGCAAACUCCCUAGGACACUGCACACAAGUAGGCCAGAUGCACCAAAUGAAUGGUGUACCUAAUCCUGCCAUCGCAAUGCAAUCUCAAAUGAUGAUGCAACUAGGGCAGACUAAUAUUAGUAGUAAUAAUGGAUGGAGCGGAAUGUUAACACAAAACCUUCAACCAGCACCCGGUAGCAAUCCUUUUUUCAAUUUAACAGUACAGCAGCAACAACAGUCUGUUGGUUUUGGUGCUCAGUUACCGCAACAAAUGUCCCAACUGUCUUUAGGCGGUACAAGUUUCUCAAGCACACCAGGAAAAACUGCUACCACCGCACUUCCCGGACAAACACUUUCCACUAAUUUGUGGCAGUAAAAGUCUUAAGGAUAUUGUUAGUUGAUUGAUUAUUCCAUUCAGUGUUGUACACUAGUGUCGAACGUUCAUUGCCCAACACAAUUAUAUUUCCAUAUUGGUUUGGAAAUUGCUCUGGGAUAUAACA